UGUUUUUUAACACCCCCCAAAAAAAAACUUUUAUUUUAACACCUCCCAAAAAUAUAAAAGUUGGAAGUUAACACCAAAAUCCAUCUUCCGUUAACAGAACUGUUAGUGGGGCCCACCCCAACGGAUAUUUUUUUAAAAGAUCUGUAUAUAAGAACCAUUCUUCCACGAUUCUUGCACGAUAUAUAAGAACCAUUCUUGCACGAUUCUCCCCCAAUGAACGAAAUCGUUGUUCUUAUUGAAUAGCAGCAGCGCAUUGCAUUGUUGCACGAUACUUGAAACAAUUCUUUCACGAUUCUUCCACGAUUUUUGAGAAGAGGAACAGAUUGAAGCUGCUGAAACAGAUUAUGUCGUUUGUUAGCUCUUCCCCUCCUGAGGCCAGAAAAUGUAAGUGUGGUGUGCCAAUGGCCAAGCUCACUAGCUGGACAAGGGAGAAUCCAGGCAGGAAGUUCAUAUCAUGUAAGUUUUAUGACCCAAUAACAGAAACAAGGGGUUGCAAAGCUUUCGAAUGGGUUGAUCAACCUGAUGGAACAGAUUGGCAAACAGGGGUUAUCAACAACCUGUUGUUGGAUAAGAAGCUGCUAAAGGGUGAAGUUAAUGAAUUGAAAAGGGAAGUUGAUGAAAUCAGUGGCCAAAGGAGGUGCCUACUUAAUGAAGUUGAUAAUUUGAAGAUGAGAUGCAAGGCCUUGAACGCUGACAGGAAGAGAAUGAACAGGGAGUGCAAUGAAGGGAAGGUGUCUUCAAUCAGCUGUUUUGGUUGGGUGGGCAUGGCCAUUUGUAUAGGUUUGUCAAUGGGUGUAAUUUUCCUAAUGGCUAGGGGUGUGUAAUAGUAAGCUGUAUUAAGUAGUUAUAAUUUCUUGUAAUGACUUGAAGUGUUAUAAAUAUGUCUUUUAAUCAA